AUGUCUUACAACUGCAGCUCUGGAAACUUCUCCUCCCGCUCUUUUGGAAACUAUCUGGGGAACUCGGUUUCCACCUGUCAUUCUUUCUACCCCACCAAUGUAGUCUAUUCUCCAAGAACCCACCAGGUGGGAUCCUCUCUCCAAGGUACCUGUCAGGAAACCUUCUCUGAGCCCACUGGCUUCCAGACAUCUUUUGCUGUGACCAGACCCUGCCACACAUCAUUCUACCGCCCAAAGAAUUCCAUCUUCUUCAGCCCCUGCCAGACAAAUUACACUGGAUCUUUUGGAUAUGGCAAUACUGGUUUUGGUUCUUUUGGUUAUGGAAACACUGGCUUCCACUCUGUGGGCUGUGGGUCCAACUUCUUCCGUCCAACUUAUUUUUCAUCCAGGAGCUCCCAUUCUACUUGUUACCAACCAGUCUUUGGCUCUCACUGUUUUGGAUCAAGUCACUAA